CUGCAAUUGGAAUUCCUCAGAACAAAGCAAAAGAGACUGCUUCACUUCAUGCACUCCCCAACGCCAAUGCCAACCACAACAAAACACUCAUAUUCCCCCAAACUAUGUCGUUUCACGCCAACCCUAACCUCACUCCACCAUUAAACACCUACCUCCCCCAGCCCCUCAACCACAUGCUCCUCGCCAUGCACCACCUCACCGACCCCAAAUCCAAAACCCUAACCCCCAAUUCCACCCCUAUCGAUCCCACCCUCCUCCUCUCCGACCAGCUCCUCCUCACAAUCCUCUCCAAGCUCCCAAUUUCCCAGCGAAACUCCAAUUCCCUCGUUUGCAAACGAUGGUUGAACCUCCAAGGAAGGUUGGUUCGUUCCCUUAGGGUAUUGGACCCCAACUUCAUCCUCUCUGGAAGGUUAAUCCACCGAUUCCCCAAUCUCAACCACGUCGAUUUGGUUCCCGCAUCUUUCACUUCCCCCCAAAACUCGAGCAUUUUACUGAAUCACCGAGUCAUCUCGCUGCACGUUGACUCCUCAUGGUGUUUCGGCAAGGAAAACCUGCUACCUUCCGAAACGGUUGACCUGGCGCUGAAAUCCCUGGCGAGCGGGUGCCCCAACUUACGGAAACUUGAGGUAGCCGGUGCCAGCGAGGUAGGGCUAUUAACAGUUGGGGAAGAAUGUGCGACGUUGCAGGAACUGGAGUUGCAGAAGUGCAACGACGCCGUUUUGCGCGGUGUUGCAGGGUGUGGGAAUUUGCAGGUGUUGAGAGUAAUUGGGAGUGUUGAAGGGUUUUAUGAAUCAUCGGUAUCGGAUAUUGGGCUUACGAUUCUGGCCCAAGGUUGUAAGAGGUUGGUGAAGUUGGAGCUGUGUGGGUGUGAGGGGAGUUUCGAUGGGGUGAAAGCGAUUGGGAAGUGUUGUGUGAUGUUGGAGGAGUUGAGUUUUGUGGAUCAUAGGAUGGAUGAUGGGUGGUUAGCGGCGGUGUCGUUUUGUGAGAAUUUGAAGGCGUUGAGGUUAGAGUCGUGUAAGGUGAUUGAUGGGAAUCCAGGGUUGGAGGAGCAUUUGGGGUGCUGCGUGGCGCUUCAGAGGUUGAAUUUGGAGAAGUGUCAGUUGAGGGAUAGGAAUGGGGUGGGAGCGUUGUGGAGAGUUUGUAGGAAUGCUAAGGAGAUUGUUCUUCAGGAUUGUUGGGGCUUGGAUGAUGCUGUUUUCAGUUUGGCGGUUAUUUGCAGGCGGGUAAAGUUGUUUUACGUAGAAGGAUGCUCAUUGCUUACAACAGAAGGUUUGGAGUCCGUAAUUGAGUCUUGGAAGGAGCUGGAAUGCCUUAGAGUAGUCUCGUGUAAAAAUAUUAAGGAUAGUGGUAUUUCUUCAUCACUCGCAACCUUGUUUUCUACACUAAAAGAGUUGAAAUGGAGGCCAGAUAAUAAAUAUCUUUUGCCCUCUAGUCUUGUGGGGAUAACAAUGGGAAAGAAAGGUGGUAAAUUUUUCAAGAGGACUUGACAUGACAUGACUUGACCAUACCUGUAUUUGCUGUGUAGUCAGAAUCUUGACCAUGGUCUUAGAAACAGAUAUUGUCACACUAUAAUGAAAUUUGUACCAUUAUGUAAUCACGUUGAUAGUUUAGAUUGUUGAUUAGAUAUCGACAAGGGCAGAAUAUUCCCUUUACCAUUCACUUACAGAUGUAAUUAUAUGUAAAAGCCUGACCCAGUUCAUUCAAUGUUGAAAUUGGGUAACUUGUUUCCCUUCAUUUUUUUCGUUCUUUUGUUUCUUCCAUUAGAAUAAGGAACCAAAAUAGAGGUGUAAUUAUUGUGUAAGCAUAAUACAGUUGGACUCUUAAGUAAAGAAUGGUUAACAUUCUUCUG